UCGACUUCUAGAUAUCUAAUCCACACUUCUGGAUCCACUCUUCAUUCGGUUCUGAAUAAAUGAACUCUUGAUCUGAUAGGACAAAGUCGGUUGUUGUAUUUGUUCAAUAUCAAUUUCAAUGUAUUGCGUUAUUUUUCUAGUACGGCAGUGAGUGUUGAAAGUAGAAUAGCACCGCUGCGGCAAUUUGUCAUCUUUUAUCUGAAUUUUCGCUUAUUUUCGGUUUCCCCCUAGAGCUAGACUCUUUCUGUUUCUCAGCCUCAAAAGAUUCUUCGAGCCACCUCUUCUGUUCCUUGCAUACUUCCAUUUCUGGACCCAUCUUCAAAAUGCCCGAGGACCGUGUUUACAACUUUAGCGCAGGGCCGUGCAUUUUGCCGGUCGAGGUGCUGGAGGAGUGCAAGGGCGACAUGCUGAAUUUCAAGAAGUCCGGCAUGGGGGUUAUGGAGAUGAGCCACAGGAGUAAGGACUUUGUCAACAUCUACAACGAGACAGAAAAGAACCUCCGUGAUGUGCUUGCGAUUCCAGACCACUACAAGGUCCUGUUCGCACAAGGUAAAUAAAGAAGUUGUUUUAGAGGUGCAUGCAAAAAACAGGAAGAACCCAUGACGAUGGAUGAAAAUACCAGCAUCGAAACGUCAUAUUACUUUUUAUACGACGUAUGUGUCAACAAAAUGUGAUUGGAAUUUCACUUCUCUCGCAACGCUACUAGUAGUACACCACCUCGACAGGCGGCGCCUCCUUGCAGUUUGCCAGCGUGCCUUUGAAUUUUUUUGGUGGUGGCAAAACUAACGGGGACUACGCAGUGACGGGGCAGUGGGGGGAGAAGGCCGUCAAGGAGUGCGGAAAGUACGGAACGGGAACUGCGGUGUGCAACACCAAACCGCAGAAGUUCACACAUAUACCACCCGUGGCAGAAUGGAAGAUGUCGGACCCGGAGACAACGGCAUUCCUCCACUACAGUAGAAAUCGCACAGUGAUAUUGAAUUUCCAUCGCAUUAUAUUGAUGUCAGGGCAUGUGGUGACAUGAGCUUUAUCUACUUCCUCCUUUUAUUGCGUUCCGAAAUGGAUGACUGGCACUGGCCUCGUCAUUCGAAAACGAUUUGCAAAACUCGCAACUCUUUUUGCAAAACAGCCGACAACGAGACGGUGAACGGGGUGGAGUUUACCGCGCCACCUGAGAUCGGCACCGGGGUACCCCUUGUGGCCGACAUGAGUUCCAACUUCUGCACGAGGCCAAUCGAUGUUGGAAAGGUAAAAAACAUGAAAUAUAGAAGUGCCUACAGAUGAAGAAGCUGAAGCACAUUUACAGACUGAGUCUAUCCUCGUAGGCAUGAUAACUAUAUUUGCCGAUAUCGACCUCGACGUCGUGCUCGUGCAUGCAACACAGAGCAGUUGAUAUUUCGACAACUUGAAAUAUAACACUACACUUGCAGCACGCUAUGAUAUAUGCGGGCGCGCAGAAAAACGCGGGGAUAGCGGGAAACACCAUCUGCAUGGUGGACGAGAAGUACAUGAGCCAGGAGAUGAAAAUCUGUCCCUCGGUGUGCAGUUGGAAGACCCAGGCCGGUGCGGAUGGGAUGUACAACACGCCACCCUGCUACGCAAUCUACGUUACUGGUGUGUAUCUGAAAUACACCAAAGAGAAGGGUGGAGUCAGCUUCUGGGCGGAGCAGUGCGCGAAAAAGAGCGGCAUGAUAUACGAUGUAAGCAAAAAUCAAAGUUUUUCUGUGAGGACCCUUCUUGCGUUCUACUUACUUUGCAGGACCGUGGUCGGUCGGUACUCAGUUGGAGAACCUCCUGUGUGACCACCUGCGAAGCAGGUGGCGCUCGUCGAGUAGUUGCUUCUCAUGAUCAUGAAGAAUGUGAGUAUUUGAUGUGCUUGUGCAUGCUUACAAAAAUAUAUUCCCUACUAGGUGAUUGAUGGUAGCAGCGACUACUACACGUGUCCGGUUCAGAAGGAUUCCCGGUCUAGGUGCAACCUGCCCUUCCAGAUUGGCGGCGGCAACGAUGCGUUGGAGAAAAAAUUUCUCGAGGAAGCGAAAAAAAUCAACCUGUAUACCCUGGCGGGGCACCGCACCGUGGGCGGAAUUCGUGCGAGCUUGUACAACGGGAUGCCUAUGAAGGGGGUGGAAACGCUUCAGGACUUCAUGAAAAGCUUCAUGGAAGAAAAUCCGCUGUGAAUUUUCCCUUAGCUUCAUCGCGCCAUGAACAUGGUCGACUAGUGGGACUUGCAAGCGACAAUAUCACAGUUUUGACGACAUUUUGGAAAUCAGCCUACAACUUUUGAAUCUUCCUAUUGACAAAAAUGAACAGUAAUAUGCUAUGUUUUGCCCUCCCUGGCGCACGAGUCGUGGUUCUUAGAACUCUGUCUGCAGGAUGAUGCGACGUAGCGAUAAGAGGUGAGUGGAGAUGACUUUGACUCCUCUUGCUCUUGGUCCAAUUUUCAAGAACGUUAACGACUUUUUCAAUGCCAGAAAUACAUCAGGGUUUAUCUCUCAGCACCAUGAGCUGAACCUUGAAUGAGCGGAAAAAACACGGGGCUGCGGCUCCGCGCAUUCAAAACCUAUCGAGCGGUUUUCUCGAAAAUGUAUAGUACUACUUCACUUCUAUAUGCCAGUUGACUGCACCACGAGACUCCAAGCACUGCUUGCCAAAACCCUCGGUCGCCGUCUUAUGUAGG